GCCAUAGCAGGUGUCAACACCGUUUGAGUGUGUUUGAAGGCAGCAAACUAACCUGUGUUUAAUUAAAAACUAGUAUCAGGAAUUAAAUCUUUUAGCAUCAGAUCUGUGAACAAACUUCUCAUCUCAGUGUCAAAGUCUUUUAAUUAGUUUUCUGGAGGUUUUUAAAACAUUUAGGAGAGAAAUGAGAGAGAAAAGUCCCGGACCAACGCCUCUCACGGCGGCAGAUAGGAGAGGUUUGAAGGCCUCCCAAUCCAUAUUCAAAAACCUUCAGAGCUUUAUUUGACUUACACACGCAGAGAAACUCGUUCGCUGUCAGAUCGAUACGAUUAUAGAUUUGAUUAGUUCCGCCAAACGUGUAUUUUCUGGGUUUAUCGGCAAAGAGAAAACACAAGUGUCUCCUGUUCCCGCGGCUCUGUGGAGAGGCCGGCAGGGUUGAGUCUCCACGGUUCUCAUGGUGUGUUUAAGUUCCAGUCUUUGCAGGAGAAUCUGAAUCAGUCCGAUCGCUCUCGUUGACAGUGAUUGUUUGACAGUACAAUGGCAGAAGUCGCCCCAGCCGCACCCGCCGCCGCCGCUCCGGCCAAAGCAGCGAAGAAGAAGGCCGCUAAGCCGAGCAAGAAGACCGGCCCCGGCGCCAGCGAGCUGAUCCUGAAGGCCGUGUCCGCGUCCAAGGAGCGGAAAGGUCUGUCCUACGUGGCUCUGAAGAAGUCUCUGGCCGCUCAGGGCUACGAUGUGGAGCACAACAGCGCCCACGUCCGACGCGCCAUCAAGACCCUGGUGGGUAAAGGCGCCCUGGUCCAGACCAAGGGAACCGGAGCCUCCGGGUCCUUCAAGGCGAGCAAGACCGCCGAGAAGCCCAAGAAGGUGGUGAAGAAGCCCGCCGCCUCCGCUGCCGCCGCCGCCCCUAAAGCCAAGAAGCCCGCGGCCAAGAAAGCCGCCGCUAAGAAGCCGGCGGCCGCCAAGAAGCCCAAAGCGGCCAAGACCACCCCGAAGAAGGCCAAGAAACCUGCCGCCGCCGCCGCCAAGAAACCCGCAGCGGCCAAGAAAGCUGCAAAGAGCCCGAAGAAGGCCGCCAAGAAGGCGACUACACCCAAGAAGGCUGCGAAGAAGGUGGCGAAGCCCAAAGCUGCCAAGCCCAAGAAGACUGGCGCUAAGAAAGCAGCCAAGAAGUAAAUCUACAAACUUUACUUUAAACACAACAAAAGGCUCUUUUAAGAGCCACCCACAUAUUUCACUAAGAGCAAAUGUCCAGCCUCUAACUUACUCUUUAUAUAUUAUACAAUUCCUGCAGUUGUAAAUGUGUUUAAUUGAAAAAUUGCUGUGUAAAAGAAGAAACUUGAGAAGAUGGCGUUUAUUGAAUUUCUAUUUUUAUAUACAGUUUAUUUAGUAUAUUUUUGUAUUGGUGACCAUCCUGGUUAUAAAUCACUGCAGUGAUUUCUAGAUGGACUUAAUGAUACUGUAGUUUUUAGAGCAAGUACUUACAUUUUUCUUCGGGUCAUGACGUUUUUUUCAAAUGUCACUACAAUUGUCUUGUUUUACUGUCAGUCACAGCUGUGUCACCUGACUUGAGACUUGUGUAUAUAACUUUCUACUGUUGAACUUGAUUGUUGUUGUAUUAUUUAUUUCUAUACACUUUUUAUAAUAAAAAAUAAUAUUAGAAAAGUG